AUGCCUCCUAAGAACUUACUCCUAUGUUUCGAUAUAUUCGGUACUCUCUUUAAGCCCCUAGCAAAAGUACUUAGACUUAGCGGCUUUAGUAGUAGGGAUAUAGGAAGGUCUUUUAAGGAGGCGUUUAAUACAUUCGCCCCUUUACUCGGAGAGAACGAUACUAGAGUUCUUAUAGCCGUUAUUACUAAUUCCGACGAUCGAAAGCCGGAUAAGCGAAUCUUUACUACCGCGGAGGAACGGAAGGUAUACGUUAGCGAUAAGUACGAUAAAGAUGUCGUAGGUACGCUAGAAAAUACGUUUAAGACGUCGAAGGCUAUUAGCUUCGGUAGUCUAGAGAAGCUAGCUAAGUAG